AUGAGCGACUCAGGAAUUCCACCUACAUCUAUACACAAUAAGAAAAAAACAUCUGAAAAAAAAUUUAAAAUGCCAACAUCCCUGUCUCUUAAACUUAUUAGCAAUACUGUGAUGCUUCUAUCUUUUAAAUAUUCAGAUGAUUGUGCACACAAAUUUACCUUAAAUCCUCACACAAAUGAAUUCAAAACGAAAAUUCUUGACGUUAAUAAGAUCAAUAAAAAGCUAGCCAACUAUUUUCUCUUAUUCAGAAGUUGUCUUUCAAAUGCAGUAUCAAAAGAUUUGCAUUGUACCGAGAAAUCGUGUCCUUUAUCUUCCUUCCCUAAUAAGGAUAAUCAGUGUUUUAUUUCAGAGCUAAGUUCAUUUAUACAUCAAAGUGAGGACCGUAAAAGAAAUAUUUUUGGUGUUUUUUCUCGGCUAUACAAAGAAUUAGAAAGCUCUAAAAAGCAAAUAUCAACUGACGCAAACAGAAAAGAAAAGUUAACGCAGCGUCGGAAUUCUGACAUCCCUGUUAAACGAAACAGCUAUGCGUAUCAGCCAUAUCCUCGACGAAGUUAUUCUGAUUCAGAGGUCCUAACGUCAGCUCGAUAUAUUAUGGUGGCUCCUGAAAAUUUGUUGCAUACAUCAGAGGGAACAUACGUUAGGGUGUCAAUUGGACCAAAAUAUUUUGCGGCGGCGCUAGAAAGCCACCAGUCGCCGGAUUACAGCCCCUUACAGACAGAGGAAUUCCCAAAUGUAGAAUCGAGCUCUUUCGAAGACCAAAGUUUACCAAUGGAUCGUAACACAAAUGUUGAAUCGAGCUCUUUCGAAGACCAAAGUUUACCAUUGGAUCGUAACACAAAUGUUGAAUCGAGCUCUCUCGAAGACCAAAGCUUACCAAACUUUGAAAAUCCGGUUUAUUUUGAGAAUUUUUUAGAUAUCUGUAUUAAUGGCAAAGUCCUUUAA